AACAUGUAUUCAAUCGAGAAGGGUCAACCAUUUCAUAGCAGUCUCAGUACACUGAGAUUUUUUUUAGUUUAUCGUGAAUACUCACAGGAGCCCAAACUGAUAUUCUUAUCUUUGAUAAGUGUGAUAUUGAGUUGUAUGGCGUUUACAAUGUUUGUCAUUGUCUGCAUUUUGCAUGCUGCUAUAUCAAUUGAAGAAAAUAUUGGAGGAGACAUCAGUGAAGACUUAUCAAUAUCUCUUGGUGGUCUUGGCAUGCUUAUCAAUAAUACUCUAUUCAAGUUUCAUCGUGAGAAGUGGUCUAGAUUUUUCAAAGAUGUAACAAAUAUUGAUACAUUUGGAAAACCCACUGAUUUUGACAAAGUUAAAAAUCGAGGCAAUUUCUUCUCUUACCUCUACAUCAUCUAUUGCACUGUUGGAACAAUCGUGUACUCAUGUGUAGGUGUCCUAGAAUCAUCUUGUGAAGAUAUCGGCGAAGACACAAAACGCAAAUCGAUAUGCGGAACAUUAUCACCCAUAUGGCUGCCUGUUGAAAACGUAACUAUGACAACAAGAAAUUUUAUACUGCUGAUUCAAUACAUCCUUGCCAACUACAUCAUAACACCUUCAGCAAUUAUAUGUUUUUUACCAUUCGAAACAACAGAAUUGCUUAUUACUCAUAUUAGCUUUCUCAAAGAGAAAAUACUGGAUAUAUUUCAGUGUGAAGACGAAGAGUUGAGAAAAAACCGUUUACGAUAUUGUGUCACCUAUCAUACUCAUAUUUUGAGAAUGGCAGAUCAGCUGAAAUAUAUGGUGAAGUUCAGCGUAGGUCACAUGUCCCUGAUAUGCGCAAUGGUGUUUGGAUGUAUUGGAAAUCAAAUAUUCAAA